AUGGCAAAAUUGGAUGAAAAUUAUAAUCCUUGGGAUUUAGAAAGUGACGAUUAUCGUAUGCCAGGUUAGGUUAUCAAAAAUUACAAUUCAUUUCACAACCAACUACAACCAGUAUCAAUUUAUAUUUAUACUAUGCUAAAAAACCAGAUUGUUCAGUUGAAAAUUAAAGUAGAUCCUCUGAUACUUGCAAUUAUUUCAGUCAUGCUCCACUUGUAUAAAUAAGCAUUUUAUUUUUUAUUCAGUUCACAGAAAAACCAAAGUGUACGCCUUUGGCUAAAAAAGAAAUCAUAGAAUUAGAAGAAGAAGAGGCUAGAAAAAUGGCAAGUCCUUCAAGUCAUGAAGCUAUAUCACUACAAACACCUAAAAGUGUGCAUAGUUAAUAACCGUAAAGGACUAAGGCAUCUGAAAAAAUUAGAGCACGUCUAUCUAAACCCUAAAUACUUAGCAAGAACUAAUUUAGACAAAAACAAUUGUAACAAUUUAUUGAUGGAUGGGGUUUUUCAUUAUUGAUGGCGUUUGUUACUAUUUAUGCAUUAUUUGGCGAUGAUAUUAGAAUAUUAACUGUGAACAAAGAUGGAGAUGACAUUUACUUUAUUUUAACAACAGUAUGUAUAGUCUGUUUUGCAGUAGAAAUACUACUUACUUGCAUAGCCAAUCCUUCUUAUCUUUUUAAUGUAUUUUGCUUUUGAUAAAUUUAGUUUUACUUUUGGCUUGAUUUGAUUUCUACUGCUACAAUGAUUCUAGAUAUUGGUUGGAUUACAGAUCAUUUGUAUGGUGAAGAAGGUGACGUACAAAAUGCUGCUACUCUGAAAGCAUUAGGUAAAGCAUCAAGAACAGCAAGAAAAGCAGCUAGAGUAAUACGAGUUUUAAGGUUAGUUAGGUUAAUAAAAUUAUAUAAACAUGCAAGAUUAUAACUUGAAAAAGAAAAGCAAAAAAAAAUUCUAUAAGAAUGGAUUUUAAAAGAGGAUUCAAAACUUAAUUCUUCACAAUAUUAAUCACAAUAGCUAAAUAAAUAAAAAUAAAAUUAUUUAAUUAGAAUCUCAAUUUUUACAUAAAAAAAACGAUAAAAAAAACCAAAAUCCGAAGACUUGAAUUCAUAAUUACCAUAUAUUCAUAAAAUUUAGCAUUCCAGAUCCCAAUCUUAACACGAUCAAAAUAGUAGUAACAAUGAACAACAACAAUCUAAAUACUCUAAUCUUUCAUAAAGUGAUUAAAUUAAAGAAUCUCAAGUUGGAUCCUAAUUGUAAGAUCUAGUGAUGAGAAGAGUCAUUACUAUCAUUAUAGCAAUUUUAGUUAGUAUACCAAUUCUUACUAUGGAUACUUAUUCUGAAAUUAUUAAUAGUUAUGACUCUGGAAUAUUUAGAAUUAGUUAAUUUAGGAGGAACUUUACAAUAACGGAUAUGCUAACUAAAUAAUAUGUAGAAUUUCAUAAUCAUGAAAUCUACCCAAUCUAAUCUGUGCUAGUACUUCAAGAUGAUUUAAAUUAAACAUAUAUUGAAUAUAAUCACACAACAAAUCCUGAUUGGUUUUAAUAUACAGAUAUGCUCAAAAAUCAAUAUCGAUUUUCAGAUUAAUAAUACUACGUAACUACAGAUGCGAAUAAUAAAUUAAUUACAUAUUCUGUUUCAGACUUGGUUGAUUACAAUAAAAUUAAUGCAAUAUUAUCUAUCUUUUAAACCGUGUUUGUUUGUAUUGUAUUGUCUUUGAGUGCCGUAUUAUUUAAUAAAGAUGUUACUGAAUUAAUUAUAGAACCUAUUGAAACCAUGAUUCAAAAGAUAGAAUUGAUUGCCAAUAAUCCUCUUGAAGCUGUCAAUAUCGAAGAAGGAGAGGAUCUUAUGACUUAAGAAAUAGAAAAAAAUAAGGAUAAAAAAAAAAUUAGAUAGAGGCAAAUUGAGUAGAGUACAGAAACGUAUAUAUUGUAGAAACUCAUUAUGAAAAUAGGUGCAUUGUUAGCUGUUGGAUUUGGAGAAGCAGGUUCUGAAAUUAUUGCAGAAAAUAUUAAAAAAGGUGGAAGCGUCGACCCAAUGGUACCUGGAAAGAAAAUACUUGCAAUAUUUGGUUUUUGUGACAUUCGUAAUUUUACAGAUGCAACUGAAGUAUUACAAGAAGAUGUCAUGGUUUUUGUUAAUGAAAUAGCAGAAAUUGUUCAUUUUACAGUUGAUAAUUUUGGGGGAUCAGCUAAUAAAAAUAUUGGGGAUGCAUUUUUAUUAGUUUGGAAGUAUCCUGAAAUGAAAUAUCACGUUGACCCUUAAAUUAAUAAAUUAAUCUUACAUGAAGAUCACCAUGUUAAACAAAUAGGAGAUAUGGCAGUUUUAUCAUUUUUGAAAAUUAUCAUUUCUGUAUCUCUGUCAAAAAAAUUGGAAAAAUAUAAACAACAUGAAGGACUCAAUGCCAGGAUUAAAGAUUAUUGUGUCCGUAUGGGCUUUGGUUUACAUAUGGGUUGGGGUAUUGAAGGAGCAAUAGGAUCUUCUUUUAAAAUUGAUGCUUCGUACUUAAGUUCUAAUGUUAAUAUGGCCUCAAGAUUAGAAGCAGCUACUAAAUAAUUUGGUACAAAUAUACUAAUUAGUGGAAUUUUAAAAAGAAAUUUAACUUAAACUUGUUAGAGUCAUAUUAGAUUAAUUGAUGUUGUAACAGUUAAGGGAAGUAUUGAGCCUGUUGAAUUAUAUACCAUAGAUUUGUCGAUAAAAAAUCUUCUAAAUAAAACAAAGGAACUAAAUGAUAUUAUUGAUAUUAGUAAAAUGAAUCCCAAAGAAUAAAAAAAAAUUAGAGUUUUAAAUAGAUAUAAAAGAAAUCUUCUAAUUAAAAAUGUGGAAAAUGAUAAGAUUCAAAUUGCAAAUCUUUUUAAAAAAGAUGCAGAUCUCAUAAUAGCAAGGGAACUAUAUACUUCAGUAUCAAAAUCAUUUUUAAUAGGAAUUUUAUGAUACUUGGAUUUCAGGAUUUAAUCAUUAUAUCAGAGGAGAAUGGGAAGAAGCUUAAAAGAUUUUUAUGAUAACAUUAGUAAAAUUAACGAAAUAAUUAAGACUAUGAUACCAGAUCAUAAAGAUGGUCCAUCUAAUACAUUAUUAGAAGUCAUACAUACAGCAGGUGGUAGAGCCCCUAACGAUUGGAAGGGAUUUAGAGAGCUUACAGAAAAAUGA